GCGGGUUCAUCAUGGGUGUGUGGAACUCCCACACCUCCGUGGGAAACAUUUUGGGUUCCCUCAUCGCGGGAGCCUUUGUCUCCUCGGCGUGGGGGAUGUCCUUCAUCGUGCCCGGACUCAUCAUCGCCUCCACCGGAGUUCUGUGCUUCUUCUUCCUGGUUGAGAAACCUGAAGACGUCAACUGCACACCACCUCAGCACCAUACUGAAGAGGAGAGCGGGGAGACGGAGCCUGAUCUUCAGACUGCUGUACAUGUUGAAGGUACCAGCAAUGGAUACGGUUCCAUCACCGCGGAGCCUCAGGAGGUUGUGGAGGAGCCAACCGAGGCCAUCAGCUUCUGUGGAGCUCUCAGUAUACCUGUGAGUAGAAACCAUCUACUGUACAUGUGA